GCCUUUAAGCGCCAGCUCCGACAGACACGUGGUUUCAUCCGGCAGCUUCCUGCUUUCUGAGUUCAUAACGGAGAUCCUGAUCUCCGCAGACAAAAGAAACGAGAAUCCGACUUCUGAUCAUUUCUCUAAUCAGUUACCAGUCUGUUAUCAUUCCUACAGCCUGAUCGGCCCAGUUAGUAUUAUCAUUAUUAUCUGAUCUGACGCAGGACUCGCUGAAGAGCUGGAUCGAACAUCUCUUACCAUCAUCUGUAGCAGGUUCAGUCACUGAGGAAGUGUGUUUCAGAUCCACACCAGACGCUGGGAUGAGUGCUGCGAGGACAGAAGAUGCUGCUGCUAACGGAGGAGGAGGAGUGUGUCCGGAGGGAGGCGUCACCGUCCUCAGGCCUACAGAUCUCUCAGAGAUGUUGGCGGCAGGAACCAAAGAAGUUCACGAGAAGGCCGAAAACACAGAGUUCGUCAAAGACUUCCUAAAGGGACGCAUCCGCAAAGAGCUCUUUAAGCUCGGUCACGUGGCUCUAUACUUCACGUACUCGGCUAUAGAAGAGGAGAUGGAGAGAAACAAGGAGCAUCCUGAUUUGGCGGCGCUCUACUUCCCCCAUGAGCUGCACCGGCGGGACGCUCUGGCUCGAGAUCUGCAGUACUUCUACGGCGAGGACUGGCAGGACCAGAUCAGCAUCUCUCCCGCCACUCAGCGCUACGUGGAGCGCAUCCAUCAGAUCGGCCGGGACCAGCCCGCGCUCCUGGUGGCUCACGCUUACACCCGCUACAUGGGCGACCUCUCGGGCGGCCAGGUGCUGAGGAAGGUGGCCCAGCGCGCCAUGAAGCUGCCGCCCACAGGAGAAGGCCUGAACUUCUACCAGUUCGACGGCAUCCACAGCGCCAAGGCCUUCAAACAGCUGUACCGCAGCCGGAUGAACGAGCUGGAGCUGGACUCGCUCACCAAGCAGAAGAUCGUGGACGAAGCCGUCCUGGCCUUCCAGUUCAACAUGGAGAUUUUCGGAGAACUAGAGGAGGUUGGAAAAACCCUUCAGGACGAUGUUUUGGAUGCGGCUCCUGUUCAUGGGGCUCAUGGAGAGAUGCAAGGAGACAUCAGCCAGUGUCCGUAUUAUGCGGCCAAAAUGGCUGCCAGCGGUGGAUCGUCAUACAUCUGUCAUCUGGCCAUGACUGUGCUUAAACAUCCCUCCGGUCAAGUCCUAUUGGCUGCCUGGAUCGCUGCUCUCGCCGGAUUGGCUGCGUGGUACCUCAUGUGAUCCAAUGAGAAGAGAAAGGGCUCAGAUAAUAGAUGAGAACAUGGUUUGUUCUGCUUUAAAGUUGUAAGGCAUUCCAAUGCAUUUCCCUCUUAGUGCAUCCCAUUUGCCCCCUCAUUACUGGGUAAAUGUGACUUAAUCUUAAUGUAUGAACAUAGACUGUUUAAACGCAGGAUAGCAUAGUUUGAGCAUAGUGUUUUAUUGUGAUAGGUGUUACUCUUGCACCUGUCAGUGUUGAUGAAGUUAAAGGAACAGAUCUCCCAAAAAUGAAACUUUGAUGAACAUGUCCUCAUCUUGAGGCAAUCCAAGAGGAUGAUUGUUUCUUCACGUGAACAGAUUUUCAGAAAUGCAGCUUUUCAUCACUUGCUCACCAAUGAAUCCUCUGUAGUGAAUGGGUGCCGUCAGAAUGAGAGUCCAAACAGCUGAUACAAAUUCAUCCUCUAUCCACUGCUGAACAACUGUUUAGACUCUCAUUCUGACGGCACCCAUUCACUCCAGAGCAUCCGCUGCUGAACAACUGUUUAGACUCUCAUUCUGACGGCACCCAUUCACUCCAGAGCAUCCGAUGCUGAACAACUGUUUAGACUCUCAUUCUGACGGCACCCAUUCACUCCAGAGCAUCCGAUGCUGAACAACUGUUUAGACUCUCAUUCUGAUGGCACCCAUUCUCUCCAGAGUAUCCGCUGCUGAACAAGUGAAGUAAUGAUACAUUUCUGCAAAUCUGUUUAAAUGAAACCAACUCAUCUACAUCUUGGAUCGCCUGAGGGUGAGUAAAUUAAAAUGUUCGGGUGAACCCCUUCAAGGCUGAAGAAGAGCUGCGGAAAUAUGCAGAGAGUAUUUUUAUAGUUUUAUCGCUUAUGGGCCGAAACAUACUCUUCACAAGUACAUGAAUGUAUACGCUUCUGGCUACGCAAGCUUGAUUUCAUAGGUCUUCGUAAUUGUUGCAUUAUCAUGCAUCACCAUAAGGGGUGCUAUAGAUGGCAUUUGUGGAAAUUGAUGACUACUACAGUCAGUUUCUCAUGUUGAGGAAACUCUAUCGCCCCCUUAAGGUUUGGUUUUGUUACAUGUUCAGAGUAUGUCUAUACAGAAAAGUACAUGAUUCCAUUGGCACAUUUAUCAAGCUUGCUUUCAAACAAGAUAUGCUAUGCAUCCAUGCAGCAUUUACACAGAAGAGCAGUGCUUCUGCAGGCCAGGCUACUGAGACGCUGCGUUAAGAAAUGACUGGCACAACGGUUCAUGAAGAAAAGCCUUUCUGAAGAGGUUUAGAAGGUAAAGGAUGGGAGAAUUGCACAUUAAGGUCGUGUUUGUCUCAUCACACAUGAUCUGUUACAGACUUGGCAUUCAGGGUUAUUCUAAACAGACGGUUGAAGCACAAGAUUUCUGGAUUUUAGAUUCACUGAAUCAAGAUGAACUGUUUCACAUGGAAGCCUGUUUCCACCACUGAAUAAAAAAUAAAGCUGCAAUUGCAAGUUAUAAAGAAUUGCGGAAUAUAACGUUUUUUUUUUCUCGCGGUUCUACGUUUUGUCUCGCAAAAGGGAGUUUAUAUCUCUCAAUUCUGACUUCUUUUCUCAAGAAUAGUGAAAAAAACAAUUGUUGCAAUUUUGAGUUUCUAUCACGCAAUUCUAAAAUAAUAAUAAAAAGAUUUGCGAGGUUUUUAUUUGUAUUUUUUUCAGUGGUGGAAACAGGUUUCUGUAUUUUUUUUUUUUAUAGUGUUUGCCCAGAAAUUAGUUUUUAAAUGGCCGAUGAUGAAGCAAUUUAAACAAGGGAACAAUGCUGAAUUAGUAUACUGUUUUUGUACAAGCUAGAAUACAUUUUUAUUUUUUCUUUAGGUGAUUCAUUCAUCUGACUUGGCGAUAACUAUAAUAUUAACAUUUCUGGAUGCAAUAAUUUCAUGAAAAGGAGACAUUAAUGGUUUUGUUCCCUUUGAUGUUAUGUAUUAACACACUAACAUGUGCAAUGUUGACAAAGGCACUGUGACACGAUGCAUUUGAAAAGGAUUGUGGGGGUUUGUGUAUCCGUCCUUAUUUACUGAUGCAUGUGUUUAACUAAUGGUAUUUUUUUCAGAAAGGCAUGUAUGAUUUAGUUUAUAUAACAACUAACACAAUCACAUCAUUUUACUGAUGAAAACUGUUCUUGAAGAGUGUUAAAUGUAAUACCAAAUCCUGAGGGACCGAACCUGGACGGCUUUGUGCAGGACUUGGACUUUCUGAACCAAAGGAAAUGUUACUUUACUAAAAAGAUUAUAAAAUAGACCCCCACUGUAUGGAAGAAUUAGCAUACAUGGUUGUGUUUGGGUUGUAUGCAUAUUUUGUGUUUUGAGUUACUGACAGCUUUUAGUUUAUUUUUUUUAAGCACAUUGAGAGGAAUAGUGUUGAUAUACAGUACAGUGUUUUAGACUAAAUUUCCUUAGUGUUAUAUUAAUUUGAAGGUUUAGAAGAGGUUUUUAUUUUUAUUCUUUUAUCAGAUGUUGGUUUAUUUUUUCCUCCAGCUCUGUGUUCACUGUAAUAAGUAAUAAAUUCACAAGUGUGCUGCA